AUGUUGGACUGGAGCUUCAGGAAGUUGCCGCAGCUGGCUGUUGAAGGCGCACGGGCAGUGCUUACAUGCGACAUGGAAGAGCGCGUUUUCAGCUGCAAGUCUGGUCUAGGCGCGGGCGCUGAAUGCAUGAUCCAUCCUGACCUUGAAGCUCGUGGGCAAGAGUCAAGUGCCGAUCUCAAACAGCCUUAUGUCCACAACAGGCGAUAUAUUGUGGCCAUGACGGAGCAGCCGUUCUACAGGCCUCUAGACAAAGGGGACUUCCGUCUUCUGGUCUUGGAGCCAGGGCCACGUCAGGAUCCGAACAUUUCCGUCCGUCUUGUCCAAUGUCGGCUGCAAUCUGCACCUCCCUAUGACGCUUUAUCUUACGUCUGGGGUGACCGGAGCCGAAUGAGUACGAUUUUGUUGGACGCGAAGCCGUUCGAGGUCACCGCUAACCUGCACUGGGCGCUGCGGAGGAUACGAGACCCCCUCGAGGUCCAGGUGGUCUGGGCCGACGCGAUAUGCAUCAACCAACUGGAUCUUCAGGAGCGAAGUCAGCAGGUCGCCAUGAUGGGCUCCAUAUUCAGCAGUGCAAGCCGAGUACUGGUCUGCAUGGGCGACCCACCGAGAUCUGGAGAGGAUGAAGAUGUCUCGUCGCUGAUGAAUGGCUUCGCGCUCCUGUGGGGAAGACAUCCAAACAUCCCGUUCCUGCGGGAAGAUGACCUGUUGCGAACCGAUCCCCGCUGGCGGAGCGUGGGGACUUUCAUGCUUCUGCCGUGGUUUCGCCGAGCAUGGGUCAUCCAAGAAGUUGGCCUCGCUCGUAAUCCACGUGUCCUCUACGGGCGCUGCGAGUUUGGCUACCGGGAGAUGCUUCGGGUGAUGAGGUGGGUGAGCGGGCAGAUGUGGGCCGUCCAAUUUGCGAUCCCAUCGUUGCUGGUUCACAGGGAGUGGUAUGACUGGAGAGAGUCAAAGCAUCCGCUCACUUUCACUGACCUGCUGAGCCACGGUGCUUUGCUAGACUGCAGCGAUCCGAGAGACCGCGUCUAUGCGUUUCUUGGACAUCCCAUGGCAAGAAACGAAGACGGAGGCCCCUUGAUCUUCCCAGAUUAUGUGAAGUCAGUGGAGCAAGUCUAUAUGGAUGUCUCCUGCCUGCUCUUGCAGCGAUAUGGACUACGCUUGCUGUCAUCAGUCGAGCAUCGGGAAGAAACCAUAGUGGAAGAGCUUCCGUCGUGGGUAGUACGCUGGAACGUUUCGGUCGUCAUGAAUGACAUUGCUCGCUAUCCACAGUGUCACCAAGCCACACCUCCUCAGUGGGCGCCUGACCUUUCGAAGGUGAUUGUGGGAAACAAGCUCGAGUUGCCUGGAGCGUUACUGGAUACAGUCUCCAAGGCUUACAUCAUUGACGUGAGGUCAACCCCCGAGGUCUCUUUGCGGUUCAUCGACGUGUCCAACACGGCACGCAACCUGAGCUGGUCGAAUAUACUCGGCGAGUUCCCUCAUAGAGCAAAUGCAUCAGAUGCAAUAUUAAAGUCGCUUUGCGCACGGGACGACCUUGACCCAAGUAAGCUACGUAUUCCAGAGAAUAAACAGAGGUUUGAGCAUGGUGUGAAGGAUGUCGGCAUCAACCGCUGCCUCGUGGCGACUGCAAAAGGAGGAUUUGGAAUAGGGCCUCUCAUCACUCGCCCGGGAGAUGUCUGUUGCGUGCUAUUUGGAACUGAUGUCCCGUUCAUACUACGGCAGAGCCGGGGUAGUUCUGGGUACAGAAUAUUGGGCGAGGCAUUUGUCCACGGAGUGAUGAAUGGAGAGAUCGCGGGGAUGUUGCAAAGAGGGCAUAUUGUUCAGCAAACUAUCACCAUUAUUUGA